UUUUUUCCCGCCGUGUUUACCAGUGUUUACAUUGAUUGUUUCUAUAGUUUUUUGAUGAAUUAUAACAUAAAAACAACGCAUAAUAACUCUUAACACGUUUUUCCAUUUAUAUAAUCCAUUCCCCAAAAACUAACAUGGGUAAGAAAUCUACAGCAUCAGUAAACAAAAGUAAAGAGAAGAGGCUCGCUAGGAAGCAGGAGCAGUACCGCAUUGCCGAUGGGAUGUCUCAUGUGACUUCAGCAAACAAACUGACAGACCUGGCUUCACUGUGCAAGGAGCUGCUGGUGUACCGCAGUAAUGACCUGGACGUUGAAAUGUACAUACAACGGGUCGCGGACCUCGACAAGAGUGUAUUAGACUGGGCAAUAGACCUUACUGAAAGGAAUAUGAAGAAAUUGUAUGAGACCUGUGCCUGGGGCUGGAAUAAGGAGAAGAAGGUGGAAGAGAUGAUGGACGACUCGGCCUGGUACCUCAUAGCCAAGGAGAAGUCCGGCACCCUCCUGGCUUUCUCACACUUCAGGUUUGACAUGGACUUCGGGAUCCCUGUCUUGUAUUGCUACGAGGUCCAAGUGGAGGCGGAGGGGCGGCGGCGCGGGCUCGGGCAGCGCGUGCUCAGCGUGCUGGAGCGGCUCGCGCUCGCCACGCGCAUGCGCUGCGUGCGCCUCACCGCGCUCACGCACAACCCCGCCGCCAGCGCCUUCUUCCGGGCCUGCGGAUACGUUUUGGACGAGACGAAUCCAGCGCUAGAAGAAGCCGCGCAUUACGAGAUACUGAGCAAGGCCACAGAAGCCGAGGAGGAGACUUAACAUCCCCACCACUACCACCACCUAGUCAACAGGCCAGCACAUCGCUAUCAUCCAUCCUUCCCAAGUGGGUCCAUACUCCAUAUGUUCGCAUUAUCAAGUGACUUGAUGUAAUGUUUCACAUAAUAAUCUUGUUUUUAUUCGAAUACAUAAGAUAUUUUAAGGUUGUAAUGUAACCGGAUGCUGUUUUUGCAGCAGUUUUAGUAGAGUCGGACCAAAAAAAGUCUGCAGCAGAUUUG